GCUGCCAUCGGACAGGCCAUCGAAGACGCCGAGAUCAGCUUAUUGCGCGCUGUUGGCGCGCCCGCGCUUCGCGACCAGGCUGAGGCCGAUCAGAAAGUGAUCGGCAUUGUUCUCUGCAAGCGCGAGCCGCGACGCGCAUGGAGCGGCGGCAGCUACAGGCGCAUGCGUUACUUCAGCGUGGAAAAGGCUGUGGCCUUGGCGGAGCCGAUGGAUUGUGUUUCUGAUGAUCGCGGUUUGAGAAGUCCGACGUUUGUCAUGUUCGACAUGUUAGAGCCUGCGGUCGAUAUCAUGCUUGACGCAGCUGCGCUUGGCGAUGGGCGCAUUGUUCGCGCGAUGGUCGCCGAUUGGGAGUGCCCGAGCGAGGCCUGCACCGCGCGCUUGCGCCCCCCCUUCGUGCUCGGCAGCCUCGUCGCGAUAUCGGCGUGGGAAUCCCUGGCUUUCGACUGCAGGUCUCGGUGCUCGGCAGGGCAUGUAUUGGACUUCUGGCGCGACUUGCGACAUCAAGUUGCGGCGGCCCCCAACGGCGAGGCGCGCCGCCUUCCCCUGGCUGCAGCUCCACGCGACGACAGGCCGACGGAUUCAUUCAGUGCCAACAUGUUUUUGACCAUGGCAAGCCAGCUGCGGCAAUGGAGCCCCUUGAUAGCAGCGGGGCGCGAAGGUAAGCGCGAGCUUCUCGCCACCUUCACUUCUUGGCUGGACGCGUGCGCUGAAAGCCUUACGCGGGAGAAGUUCCUCGCGUGGAGUUGGCGGCGGCGGGCCAGCAGAGGGGGCUUCAUGAAGCUGGGCGGAAGGAAUUGGUGCCUGAUGGAGUACAGCCAUACCAAAGGUGAUCGAUUGGAUUACGUGUUUCAAGUUGCGUUGAAAAUGGGCGAGCUGGGGCAUUGCGACGAUCCACCGGAGGACUGGGCAUGGCAGAUGCGACAAUAUAAUACUGAGAUCGCCGCAGACAUCAACCGCCAUCUGCCCCCACCAGGUGGCUUGGGCGCUCGGCAUUCGAGCGCAGGUCAUAAAGUCCACGUGUUUCUCCACAGCCACAGGUUGGAGAGCAAGAGUUGGCGACGCGUCCAGGACCUCCUUGAGUGCAUGUUCUGCGUGGCCGUGGAUGGUGGCCCAGAGAGCAUGCUCAACGGUUUCAGG